AUGGCCGAAUCGGUCGAUCUGAAGCCCUUGCGGGAGGCGACAAUCGCAGUUCCAACUCCGAAGAUCUCUGAGAAACGAAAAGCGGAAGAGGCCGACGCCAGCAAGGACUUGAAAAAGGCGAAAUUGGAAACGAAAGCUCUGAAAGCGAAGAGGCCAGGAUUCACAGAUGAACGGUACAACGAGACCAGUUAUUACGUGGAGAACGGUCUCCGGAAAGUGUACCCGUAUUACUUUACCUUCACUACGUUCACGAAGGGAAGAUGGGUGGGCGAGAAGAUCCUCGAAGUGUUCGCCAGAGAAUUUCGGGCACAUCCAGCGGAAGAGUACGAACGUUGCAUCCGCGCCGGUACUUUGACGGUCAACUAUCAGAAAGUGGAUGUCGAUUACAGAUUACGGCACAAUGAUCUGCUGGCCAACGUCGUUCACAGACACGAGGUGCCUGUCACCUCGGAGCCGAUCACGGUGAUACACAUGGACGAGGACGUCGUCGUGGUCAACAAGCCCGCCUCCAUCCCUGUGCACCCGUGCGGACGAUACCGGCACAACACGGUUGUAUUCAUUCUGGCGAAGGAGUACAACCUGAAGAAUCUGAGGACAAUCCACAGGCUGGACCGACUGACCAGCGGUAUUCUCCUUUUCGGUAGAACGCCGAAAAAGGCUAGGCAGAUGGAGCACCAAAUAAGAAACAGACAGGUUCACAAACAGUACGUUUGCCGAGUGGAGGGCGAGUUCCCCGAGGAGGAAGUGGUCUGUUCCGAACCGAUCGAGGUGGUGUCGUACAAGAUCGGAGUGUGCAAAGUCUCCGAGAAGGGAAAGGACUGCGUGACACGUUUUAAGCGUCUCAGUUACAACGGCAAGUCCUCCGUAGUGCUGUGCAAGCCUCAGACAGGGCGAAUGCAUCAAAUCCGUGUCCAUCUUCAAUAUUUGGGCUACCCGGUAGUAAACGAUCCUCUCUACAACCAUGUCGUAUUUGGCCCCGAGAAAGGGAAGGGCGGCAACAUCGGGAAGACCGAUCAGGAGCUGGUUAGAGAUCUGAUUAGCAUUCACAACGCGGAGAAUUGGCUCGGUAUGGACGGGGACUCGGAAAUGAGUCUGUUCAAGCCGAAAUUAGACAUGGAGGAGCGCGUAUCGUUGAGCAACGAUAAGGACGGCUCGUCUCCAUCCUCGACGCCUGGCCUGGGCGAGGAGGAACAGCAACAGCAACAGGAACAGUCGCUGAAGGUGACAGUUGGCACGCAGACUGGCUCGGAGCCGCCGGAUUCUAGUUUCACGAACGACAAGAUGACGGUUGAUCCGCACUGCUACGAGUGCAAAGUGAAGUACAGAGACCCGAAACCAUCCGACUUGGUCAUGUACCUGCACGCGUGGCGUUACUGCGGCCCCGGCUGGGAAUACGAGACCCCGCUUCCAGCCUGGGCAGCCAGCGAUUGGACCGAGGAGGACCGAUAGUUCCGGUCCACCAAGCAUCUAAACGAGCUGUCACACCACUCUUCGUCACCCCUUUUUGAUAUCCUUACCCCGUGCCUUCCAUCCGCCAGCGAGCGAUCUCGACCAUCGUACAUGUACCCAUCCCUGUGAGAACAGAUCGCUGGACUCGCGAACAUAAAUGGGAGACCUCUCGGUUGGCCCUCCGAGAGCGAUUGGAGGCGUCACGCCUCGUCUGCGCUGAUAAUCGAGGCUCUUCCCGCUGGAGGAAUCGCGGAUUCGCGAAUCCGUCGGGAUCGUUUCCAGAAUGAUUCAAAAUGAAUGGCAGGUUCAUCAGUGUAGUAUCCCCGUGUUCUCGAUAACGUUCGUAGAUCAUAAACGAGGAAGAUUGAUCGAUGGCGAGGGUAUGAUCGUUGCAACGUUAACUGGCUUGAGACGGAUCGAAAGUUUGCGUGAGUGUGUCCGCAGGUGUUCCGACGAAUCAUCCGGGGAACAUUUCGCGCCGUCCUCGAUCCCUGACGCGUUCAUCCGUUUUUCUCCGUGGAACGAUUGAUCUAGAUGUGGUGCUGCUCAAGGCAGAAUAUUCUCUUCCCGAUUACCUCUCACGCGAUAAUUUAUCGAUCGUUGAUAUCGGCGAAUUGACACGAAGCGAAUCUACGUUGUAGAUUGCAGAGGAAACGAAGGAAUUGUGUCUUUUGUUAUUUUAAAAUGUUACGUCAAAGAGCUCUGAUUUAGACGCAACAUCGAUUGGAAUACGCGUGGUUCGAUAUAAAUUGAUAAAUGGUUUUAUGGUUGUCCCAUAUGAAAAAGUAUAGAUUCCCCCGUUCAGGAUGCAUGGAUGAAUCGCGUAAAAGAAUCGAGGCAUCAGCCUGGCACGGGGCGACGGAACGAUCCUGACUGGUUCUGUAAACGGGUCGGUCGAACAGUCACUGCCACCGGUGCGUGCACGAGAGAAGAUUGAUGCAACUGUCAACCGCGGAAGCCCGAAUGGAUCGUUAUCGUUCGUGUUCUUGAUUUAUGAUGCAGAUAGGGUCGAGGAAAACCGACAGUCUUUUCUAUGACAGAGACCUCUCCCCGCCUGCCCCCUGCGAUUGGGAAUCUUUUUAUGUCCGAUUUUGAAGAAAAGCGCGCUCAAAAAACCAAGUACUUUUCACGAACGAGCAAAGAGGAUUUUCUCUUCGUUCGCUUUAUUUAAUUUUCAAUUGAUAGAAUAUGCAAGCUCAAACAAUACAUGCUUUUUUUAUAAGAGCGUUUAACGAAAAUAGUUUUCAUUUCAUUUUUUUUCUUUUUUUCUUUUUUUUUUUUUAUGAAACUAACAUCGUACAAAAGUUUUAUCAGUUUUACAAAACAGAUGCUUCCAUUCUAUCAAUCGAAAGUUACAACAAAAGUUUCAAAUGUAUAUUAUGCAAGCUGUAUUAAAGAGUAUCGCUAUAUUCUUAACGCAAAGCGAAUUACUCUCCAUUCCCUCAAUUAGAAUGGCCUUCAGUCACCUUUCUAUAGCCGUGUCAAGCGAUCCUCUGUGUAUUUCUCAAUCAGAUUAUCCAAACGUAGAAAAAAAAACUAUAACAUCACUCUCAGAGGCCCGUAGAUGAUCAAGAUUUAGUUCUGUGACUAAAAAUUUCCACUCUACCUUACUUUCAAUAACUAUCUCCAGAAAUUUCUACAGUCAUCCACCUUUGUCCUUUCACAAACGCUCAUGAUGCAAAGAAGAAUAAAAAGAAAAAAAAAAAAAGAAAAAAAAUAAGAUCGCGACUGAAAGGUUUCUAACCCUUUAAUAGUGUAGCUUGAUAGAUUCGAACUCGUUUAGACGCGAUCUUAAUUUAAAAAAAGUUACUCUUUUGUGUAAAACGAGAAAUUGUCGUCAAUUGAUAUUUAGCAAUUUCAUUGUCAUUAACAUUUCUAUUUCCUACAAAAGAAAGUUGAAGUUAAAGUUUUGUUACGCUGCGAAAAGGGUUAAGAAUGUAUUUAAGGAACGUCAUCGAUCAGCGUCCAUCCUCGAGGGCCGCGCAGGCAAGGAGCUGACGUAGGAAACUGCAAUAGAGACGUGUCUAUUUUUGUGGCUGAUUAUAUAUACGGGAAACUAAAUAAUGGCGUAGGUCCAGCGGCAGAGGUCUCCAACAAUAAGCGUGAUCUUGCCAGGAGGAUAUAGCCAACGAUCAUGCCAAAGACCGCGAGCGCGUGUCCGGCGAGCGAGAGCGAGUAUAUAUCAGAGACCAGAGUGAAAGAUGUAACAUGUAUGCGUGUGUGAAACAGAGUUAGAGAGCUUCUUUCAAGUCAUAUCGUGUACGUGUACCUUGUUCCCGCGCGUCGAACAAGACCGCGUCCAAGUGGCAGGACUUGCAACAAGUACAAUCGAGCGAGUGAAAUAACGAGAUUAACGUCGUACAUUAUUUUGCUACGAGUCACGUUCGUCUCCUCUAGCGGGGCUAUACGUAAGCUUUUAUCGCGUGCUCGGGAUAUCUGGGAGAGGUGAUGAGAAUGGUAAGGAUCUUCCGGAUCUUCUGAUUAUUUGGAAGCAUUAUAUUAUCUGGGCUAAAGAUGAAGUUUGUUUAAUUGUGUGUCAUUUCAUGCACAACUGUACGAUUUACACUCUCUCUCUUAUUCUUUUAGUAGAAUGCGUUACUGUAAGAAUCUUUACUGUUAAGGUAGUAAUUGAGUAUUUAAAUUCAAUUUUUAUAUCAUUUAAGGUUCUGUCUUUGGCUCGUUCAAUGACAUUGAAUUAUUUUAAAGGGAAUUUUGGAGGUCCGAAAUGUGUGAUCUAUACAGAUUCUUUUAUUUUUAUAACCACGUUCUUUUGGAAAAGUUUUCUUGAAUGUUAAGAAGAAUGUGGUUUUCUUCUCCUAGAGGAUAGGAAACAUCUCGCGGGAACAUCUCGGCUUGCGCUAGUAGACGUAGCUAGCUGACAUCGCAAGAAGGGAACAAAAACCAUCUUUUAUACUAAAGCUUUGUAAUAAUCGCGAGCUAUUAAAAUAAUUGAUUGCAGGAGAGAAUGAAACGGAGUGAGGAAUUACGAAAAGGCAGAGAGAAAAGAGAAUUCUCGUUACCUCUCCGGAUUCUCGUAAGCAAGAGGCAAAACAGAGAUCAGUGGACAGAGAUUUUAGAUAGAUAGAGGUAGGAAGGAGAUAACGUAACAACGGACCUAUCAUAAAAGACAGUGUGUGCGCUUACUAACUCACCGGGAUAGCUUGCGAGGAGAAAUGAAGUAUAAAAGAAAAAAAAAAAAAAUACAGCAAGCUGUCCCGAUAUUGUAAUGGCUAGCUUAAUUUUAUUUAAGUAAAAAUGGGGGAAAAAAAAAGAACUAACUCUCGACGAUAUAUCGAAUGAAAGAAAGACGAAAAGCAAAAGAGAAAUAAAAAAAAGAAAAAAAGAAAAAAGAGUGAGGACGAAAGGAAAAACUCCAAAAGACAGUCCCGAUUUAGUGGCACAGAGACAUAAAAGGAGAGAGCGCGAGAGAGAGCGAGUGGGAGAGAGAGAAAGAGAGAGCGAGCGAGAGAGAAAGACAUCGGUCUGUAAAUCGAGCGAGCGCUUUUGUAUGUAUAUACAUAUAUAUAUAUUGUAUAUUGUAUACGCACAUUGUACCGUAAUCCGAGCGACAUUAUUGUCUGUAUCCGUAGUCAGCGGAAACGUUAGAGCUAGAAAAACUUUUUUCUUGUAUAAUGAACGAAUAAAUGUAAAGUAUCGUUCGGUA